GUAGGCGUGUGAUGACUCCCUCUGUUUCCUGACCAGGGACAGUAGCCGCUCCCCUGCAGCAGCUGAGACUCUGCAGCCUGCCACAUUACAGGAGUGAGAAAGUGCAGCGGAGUGAGACCUCUGCGUGUCUCUGUCCUCCCCGUGCUUCCGCUCCGCAGUAAUGGAUCGUGGACACGGGACGAAGGUUGAAGACUGAUCUCAACAUUUCGGAAUGACACGGUGCUCACAGUGAGCAGCUCACCGCUGAGCUCAUCAUGAGAGAGUGGUGGAUCCAUGUGGCUCUGAUCUGUGUCCCCCUGGUGGCCGUUUACCUGCACAUCCCCCCGCCGCAGCUCUCACCUGCCCUGCAGCAGUGGCACAGCUCCGGGGAGGAGUUCACCUUCAGAGGCUGGACGGUCUUCUAUAGAGACUCCUAUGGGGCUUUGGGAAGCUCUGAUGUCGUCAUUCUGCUCCACGGCUUCCCCACCUCCAGCUACGACUGGAACAAGAUCUGGGAGCCGCUCACUCAGCGCUUCCAUCGAGUCAUUGCUCUGGAUUUUCUGGGGUUCGGCUUCAGCGACAAACCGCGGCCACACAGGUACUCCAUCUUUGAGCAGGCCAGCGUGGUGGAGGCUCUGGUGGCUCACCUGGGUCUGAGCCACCACAGAGUCAACGUGCUGUCGCAUGACUACGGAGACACCGUGGCUCUGGAGCUGCUCUACAGGAGCGACCAGAACCGCACAGGUCACCUGACCUUCAACAGCCUGUGUCUCUCUAACGGAGGAAUAUUCCCAGAGACGCACCACCCGCGGCUGCUGCAGACGCUUCUUAAGGACUACGGCUUUCUGUCUCCUCUUCUGAUGCGUCUCACCAACUAUAUGAUCUUCCAGAGGGGAAUCGGUGACGUGUUCGGUCCGUACACGCAACCCACGGACGCCGAGUUCUGGGACAUGUGGACGGGUUUGCGCCACAAUGACGGCAAUCUUGUUUUGGACAGUGUUCUCCAGUACAUCAACCAGAGAUUAAAACACAGGGAGCGAUGGGUGGGCGCGCUCACUUCAACCUUUGUGCCACUACACAUGAUCUACGGACCCUUGGACCCAGUCAACCCUCAUCCACAUUUCAUCCGUCUAUAUCAGCAGCUGGUCCAGAGGUCCACCAUCACCGUCUUGGACCAACACAUCAGUCACUAUCCUCAGCUGGAAGAUCCCAUCGGCUUCCUCAACGCAUAUUUCAACUUUAUCAACUCUUUCUAAACGAUGCUCAAACUGACGAAUCAUCACAAGUGGUGAAUAUACCUUUUUCUGAUGAUUGAGUCCCAACUGACGGGUUCUUUAACCAGCAGAGAUGUUAAUUGCUGCCAUAGAAGACAUGAAAUGAGCGAAAUAAACAAGUAAAGUGAGAAAUGUGUUGAACCCUGUGAGGAAGCAUUAUAAUUAGAUUGUGUGAUCUUAUGUGAGGUUUUAGAUAUUUUUGGGCAUAUUGACAGGACAGUGUCUAAGCAUGAAAAGGAGAGAGAGCAAAGUCGGAAUCAAACCUGCUCAAACCGCCAUAUUCAGGGCCCCUGCUGUACCUGCUGAGCUGGACGGGGUCAGCUGGUGCAUUCUGAUUCCCUCCAUACUCUAAGUCCUGUGAUCAGCUGCAUUUGGCAUCAAUUUUGAUAUGAUUUUAUAAAGUUCUCUUGUCAAUGAGUCUUCAAAUAAACCUAG